AUGACAUACUCUCUACUUCACUAUGCACAUCCGGUAGAAAUAGGUCAACAUGUCUGCUCUCAUACCUACGACUUCGCACAUAUCUCCUUGAACAGACAUAUUUCUAUCUCCAUCUCUUCGCUCACCCUCCCCACCCUUAAAUGCAUAUCUCUCUUCUUCUCCUUCAUUUUUCCCUACUCUCAUUUUGAAUAUAUUUUCCCCCCACCUUUUUUUGAUAAAUACCUUAAGACUAUAUCUAUCUAUCUAUCUAUCUAUCUAUCUAUCUAUCUAUCUAUCUAUCUAUCUAUCUAUCUAUCUCUCUCUCUCUAUAUAUAUAUAUAUACAUCGACGAACGAAGUGACAUUGGACGAAAUCACAUUGGACGAAGUGAAAUUGGAUGAAGUGACGCCGAAGGAAGUGACAUUGGACGAAAUCACAUUGGACGAAGUGAAAUUGGAUGAAGUGACGUCGGACGAAGUGACAUUGGACGAAAUCACAUUGGACGAAGUGACGUCGGACAAAUGGACGUCGGACGAAGUCGCAUUGAACGAAGUAACCGGACGAACUGACUUUGGACGAAGUGACGUUGGACGAAAUCACAUUGGACGAAGUGACGACGAAGUGACGUUGGACGAAGGGAAAUUGUACGAAGAGACGUCGGACGAAGUGACAUUCGACAAAGUGACGUCAGACGAAGUGACAUUCGACGAAAUCACAUUGGACGAAGUAACGUCGGAAAAAUUGACGUCGGACGAAGUCGCAUUGGACGAAGUAACCGGACGAAGUGACGUUGGACGAAAUCACAUUGAACGAAGUGACGUCGGACGAAGUCACACUAGACGAAUGACGUUGGACGAAGUGACGUCGGAUGAUCUCACACUGGACGAAGUGACGUCGGACGAAGUCACAUUGGACGAAGUUACAUCGGACGAAAUCAGAUUGGACGAAGUCACGUCGGUCGAAGUCACAUUGGACGAAGUCACAUUAGACGAAAUGACGUCGGACGAAGUCACACUAGACGAAGUGACAUCGUACGAAGUGACGUUGGACGAAAUCACAUUGAACCAAGUGACGUCGGACGAAGUCACACUGGACGAAGUGACGUCGGACGAAGUGACGUUGGACGAAGUGACGUCGGCGAUCUAA